AUGAUCUCAUGUGGUGUUCUAUAUGUUCCAAUUGGUUGCCAAGGGUCUCGCAAUGAAAAUUUGCAAUGGAGAAUAUCUUUUUCUGUAGCAGAAAAAAUUCUAAUAUUUUCCUUCACUCAUGUACAAUUAUUAUGUUAUGCUUUGUUAAAGUUAUUGGUAAAAGAAAUUGUGGAAAAGCACGAUGAUUUAAAAACAUUAUUGUGUUCUUAUUUUCUGAAAACCUUGAUGUUUUGGAUUUCAGAAGAAUUAGAUCCUUCAAUUUGGAGUCCAGACAAAAUAAUUCAAUGCUUCAUGGCAUGUUUAAAGAGACUCAUAUACUGUGUAGAAUAUUCAACAUUAUUACAUUAUUUUAUUCCUGAUCAUAACUUAUUUUAUUUACGAUUUGAUGUUGACAAAAAAGACAAAGUGAUCAGCAUCCUAAAGAAUUUAUUUGAAAAAGGGAUAUACUGUUUUGCUCGGUCAGAGACUCUGUUUGAUAUAAUCGAACUACCUUUGACCGCCACGGAUUCGUCAAUAAGUAGACGUGUUGCAACACUGCAUGAAAUUAUUAGCACUUCAUUUACUCUUUUUUUAAACCGACCUCUUAAUCUGCUAUAUCAUUUUCUACAUCAUGCAAGCACUAGUAUAUCAAAAAGUAUCUUUUUUGAAAUGCUAACAGUUGCACACCAAAUCGUACCGCAAAUAUCACAGAAUCAACCGAGAUCAAACAACAAACAUCAAUACGACAAGUACAAACGUGACCUCAGUCAUCUGAUGAUUGGUACAAAUUCGGAUGCAGUAGCUGGUUGGCUCGUAUUAGCCUCUUUCUUUUAUGGUAAUGAAAAUUACUUGCUUUCAUUGGAUAUCAUCAAUCAUGCAUUCAGGAAAUGUACAAGUGAAAAAAUGUAUCCCUGGCAAAUCGGUUUAGAUCAAACCCAGGAAUAUCUGCUACACUUGCUGAAACAAACCGAACUUUGCACAAUAUCAAAAGCAUUGACAGUCAAGUAUCCUAAAUUUAUUUACAACUCAUCAAUUAGUCCACAAGAACUACAAUUAACCGUAAACGAACAAGCUAUUCCUUUUCAUCCUAUAAUAUUUGCACAUUUCCUGAGUUUCCUGUGCUAUUACCAUCUGCAUAACGUAAGAUCAUGCAAACAGUCUUUGCUUCAAUUACGACAAGAAAUUAUAAAACAUUUUACUACUAAUCUAUUUAAUUUAUAUUCUGAACCAUUGUUCAUUAUUUGUCUUGGCAUAGCUCAUGAGAUGCUUGCUGAAACAGACUCAGCAAGACAAUGUUUCCUUCUAGCCGCUCAUAAAGAUGAACAUAGUUUAUCCAAUGCAGCAAUGAGACUGUCCAAUUGCAAUGUAGACUAACUUAUACGCUUAAUAAACAUGGCCUUUAAUUUAAUUUAAUUUAUCUAUUGCCAAAAGUAAGAACUGGUAGCAUAAUUCGCGAGAUGUUUUCAUGCAUAAAACGCCAAUGUCAUUUGCUUACUUGUGGAUUUUGGUUAAGAAUCAUAUAUAAUGUAAAUUCAGAUAUUAUUGCGUGCAUUUAUUAUUGAAAUUUUUGAGGAAUACACAAAGAUGUGAGACUAGUUAUUGCGAUUUCAGAAAAUUUUUAUUUGAUAUUAGAAUGCGAGUUCUUACUAUAGGAUACCAAUCAGUUGCAUUAUUGCAUUAUUCGUAUUAAAUAAAACCUGACAUUAAUUUCUGAAUACUGUAAACCAACUAAUUUUCGUGGGCGAUUAAUUUUUGCGACUUUCGCGAGUAGAAAAAUAAAGCGAAAAUAAAUAGUUGCGAAUUUGUAAAACUUGGAUCUUUAUUUACUUAAAUACAUCAAGUAAUUUUAAUAAAACCCUUUUUAAAUCGCCUUAAAGAGGACUAGGAAGGCCGAAAUGCGAAAUAAAGUACCCGCUAAAAUAAGUUGGUUUAUAGAACUUCCUUAAAAGAGGGACGAAAGAUGUCAGAGGGACAGUCAAACACAUAGAUCGAAAACAAACUGACAACGCCAUGGCCAAAAAUAAAAAGACAAACAGACAAAUAAUAGUACAGAUGACACAACAUAGAAAACUAAAGACUAAGCAACACGAACCCCACCAAAAACUGGGGGUGAUCGCAGGUGCUCCGGAAGGGUAAGCAGAUCCUGCUCCACAUGUGGCACCCGUCGUGUUGCUUAUGUUAUUACAAAUCUGGUAAGUAGUCUAUUUCGGUAGGUCACAUUCGUGAAAAAGGAAGGGUAUUGUAGUUACGACAUAAGGAACAUAUCCGAUAUCAUCUGUGAAACGGUUAUUCCAUAACGGUCAACCAACUCGUGAUGGCGUCCGUAAAAUUUACGAAGAGAUGAUUUCAACCAUUUUGAACUCUUGGUUUAAUAGCUUCCUUGUGAGCAGCAAUCCUCUAUCACGGAAAUCAUGAUAGGAAAUACAAGCCCGGGAAUAUCGUAUCAAUUGGGAGAUAUUUACUCCGUAUGCAGGCGCUGCUUCAAUGUUGCUACAUAGAAAGUUCACAAUUGGGAAGCUGUAAUCAUCUCUUUUGUCGUAAAGUUUUGUUUCCUUAAUAUUAUACAAUUUCCAAAUUUUGUUUUGAAUAGGUCAAUGACAAAACAAUUAAUAUUUAACAGCUUGAUUGUUUUUUGUUUGGCAUUCACUUCAUCUCAAUUCACAUUCUUGAUCUAAUUUAAUGAUCAACAUUUUGAAUAAGAACUUAUACAAAACAGUGUUAGGGUGUUUGCUGGGGUCAGGGAAGGGUGUCCAUUUGCAAGAGAAUAGUAGAUUAACGAAUUCUGUCUUAAUGAAACUUGUUCAACUGAAGAAAGUAUGUCAAAAGAGGUUUUUUAGGGUCGUCGCCGUUUAUUACUUGUUUUCUAUUCUGAAAUAGGUUAAAAAUAACUUGCUGAUUUUAUUACAUCUGGAUAGUUGUCAUAAUUUUUGCUACCAAUAUUUCCGAUUAUUUGAGUUUCAAUCUCACUGGAAAACAAUUUGUUAUGCUGUGCAAUUCUUUAAAAAGUGGUACAUAUAAAUAGAACCCAAUGAAGUUAUAUUGAUUUAUCACCCUUAAAAUCACGAGUAAAUUAAAAAUUAGAACAAGCGUAAUAAUUUUCUAUUCUCUUUAUUCUUUAUGAUAAAUCCUUUCAAAAUGAAUGCUAUGAAAUAUUUUGUUUUUUGAAAAAUAUUACAGAAAAGUUUUGUUUCUUGGUUGGAAGUUACUGUAAUGAGAUAAAAAAAAAUUGGGUGAAGGGUAAUUCAUGAAUAAGUGUAUGACAUACGUUAGGUUUAGCAUACAUGAGUGGUCAUGUCACAUUUUGAACUGGAAUGUUCUCUUAACUUGUUUCCAUUUAUCUCUAAUAUCUUGCCUGCUGAUAUUAGAAAUUUCCCCCUAGAGAUUAUAAUCUUGCGCCGAUAAUUGUCAACUAUCAAUGUGCUAUUUAGAUUAAGAAUUGGAUUGAUGCUCUGUAGACAGAUUUGUGAUUUUUUAGAGAUCCCUUUACCAGUUGUAUUGCAAGGCCUACAAUUUUCAAAUUUGUGAUUUUUCUUUCAGAUUCUGACCAAUUCAACCAUAGUCAUAGUUUUAAAUGUCCUAUAAAUGUCUCCAUUGCACUUUCUUGAUUUCUGUUAUAAUAAUUUUUGCAUUUGUCACAUAUUCCUAGAUCCUUUCUGUUUUUUGACAAAAUGAUUUAAAUGUAUUUAAUUGCAUUGGUGGAUAUUUGUGCAUAAAAAGAUGAUAUUAUUGUUUGAAUGAUAAUAAGGAAUAAAAAAGGUGAUUCCAAGUAGUUUGCUCUGAUUUACAAGAUGGGUUUUUAUACUGGUUGAUAGAUGUGGAAUCCUUUGUUAACCUUAAAAUAUUCACUAAAUUGUAGAUAUGCAUUGCAAAUGUUUAAAAUACUUUUCAAAGUGUGUGUAUAAUGCUGAUAUUAUAGCUAUGUCUUCGUGUAAAAUUAAAUUAUGUUAUGUAAUAAACUGGACUAAACACCG